AUGCCACGCCCGUUGUUCUCGGACACGUUCCUCGCGGCGCAAUCCGCUCUCGAAACACAAAACCUCCCCGCCCAACUCUUUGAAACGGAUUGGGAGGUACGUGGACUCUUUUUGUGCUUUCAAUGUAUGAGUAGGUUGGGCGUAUGUUCAUCACUGACCCGAGUGCACGUACGGUAGGCUACGAGCAAGCGCGUACUCGAUCGUGAACAAGACUUACCCAUGCCCUUGUUCGACCCAACUCGAUUCGAUUCACACGACGACCACGAAGAUGAUCCUUCAACGAAUUCACCUCCCAUCAUACAAGAAGUCUUCCUCGACCCCAGCUCGGUCGAGGCACGCGCCGUCACCCUUCGAGGCUUGACCGCGAACCUUUCCCCCUCCCUGCGCGUGAUCGUUUACUGCCUAUCGAGCUCGAUCAAGCGGGAAAUUACGCGGACCAAGGAGAGCGUCGUUGAUGGACCUUAUCACAUGUUGGAGGUCUUUGGUCACAAGGACAAGAUGUUGCAUUCGGCCGUGGUCGAUAUUAGGGAUUAUGAGGAGGGGGAUGACGAAGGGCUCGAGGAGGAUGUAGAGGAUGAGGAUAGCGAGAUGGACGAUGACGAGGAUGAGGUACAGUUCAACUAUUCGAUCGAGGACGAAGAGGAAGAGGAAGUAGUGGUAGUGGACGACGAUGAGGAUGAGGAAGAAGAACGAGAACCGAAUCAACCUGCGACGACAUUGGCGACGAACGAGAUGGAACUCGUCGACGAGCAGGACACGAGACCUCGAGAAGAAGGCGGGUGGACCAUCUUUGAAAGGGUCGUGCAACGGGUUCCGGCGAUGCGAGCUCGACCCAGGGCCGACACGAGCAGGGCGUGGUCGAGUGAGCCUGAAACACAGGAACAGGAGCAGGAACAAAGAGGGUUGGGACAAGGAUGGGCCGAAUUGGCUCGGGCGCAAGAGUCGAGCUCGGCCGAACGUAGGAGGCCGUUCGAACAAGCCGUCGCGAUGAUUUCUACCGUCGACUUGCAGCAAGACUAG